AUGGCGCAAACUCUAUCCAAAGAGAUCACCGGAUUCGAUAUAACCGUUAGAGGUGCGACUGCGGAGCCAGCUCUGGAGCAUCGAAAUCUGUGGAUGGCCUACAAACCUGGCGUACUGUUGUACUAUAAACGCAACGGGAUCGAAGGCCUUCUUAUUCUGAGGCAAAUGGAUUUCAAAAAGAGAAAGGACACUCGACUCGACUCUUGGGGAAUUACUUCGUACUUUAUUAAAAGCAACGGGGAUAGUGUCGGCCAUGUCCGUCACUUUGUGAUUGUUCAACACUACGAUGGCUGCAAACCACUUUGUCAGAUGCCUAUAUUUCCUCUUUGUUUUCAUCCUGAGAAGGAAAGGAUAGCAUCUGAUUUGCUCGAAAGGGGUAAGAAGUAUCUCUCUAUGCUUGGAGUUCACCAUCGUUUCUACGACGGAGUGGCCAAACUCUCCAACUACCACAGUCCCGCGAAAUUUCACAGCUCUAGUGUUAAGAGUAGGGUCAUGAUUGACUGCCAGAGGUUCUACCGUGACACGGGCUCCCCAGUUGAGUUCAUUGCCGGCUGUCCUGUUGUCGAAGUAGAGUCUGGCAAUCAUACCAACCUCCGUGACGAGGAUGUCAUGACUUGUCCGGCAUAUAUCCAGGGUUACUCCCUAGCGAACAAACUAUGGGGUUUCUUCGAGGUCGCCAAACUUCACCAGGUCGAGUUCGACAUGGACGCUUUUAGCAAACUGGUUCUAGAAGAGGGAACGAAACAACUUAUUUUUUCGUUGGUACAGUCUCGUGAAAGUAGGAAGUUGGAGUUUGAUGACCAUAUCAAGGGCAAAGGAAAAGGACUGAUAUUCUUGCUACACGGGCCACCGGGUGUUGGGAAAACUCUUACGGCCGAAAGCAUCGCAGACCAGACGAGGCGACCACUGGUUACUCUUCACUCUGGACAGAUCAUUGGAACUAGCCCGUUCGUUGAGCGCAGGCUCGAAAACAUUCUUUCACUGGUUACAAGAUGGAAUGCAGUUGUUCUUUUAGACGAAGCCGACGUAUUCAUGCAAGAGCGAGCAGUGCAUGAACUGGAGCGAAAUGCAUUAGUGUCAACCCUUCUGCGUAUUGUCGAAUACUUUGAUGGGAUCAUGUUCCUAACUACCAAUCGAUUCGAGUCCAUCGAUACCGCAUUCAAGUCCCGUGUUCACUUGGCCGUUUCAUACCCGCCAUUGUCCACAGACAGCAAAAAGGAGUUGUGGCGAGAGUCUGUAACUAGGGCAUGCGCAGAGCGGCGGCCUCCGUGGGUUACUGAGAGGUUCCUUAAAGCGGUCGCGGAGUCACCCCUCAACGGCAGAGAGAUUAAGAACACUGUUGGGAUGGCGCAUGCUUUGGCACAAAACGGAAAGCGUCCCAUGAAGCCUGAGGACAUCUUUCAAGGAAUCCAGGCCAUGCAGUCUUUUGAAUCAGAUUUCAACGCGCAGAAAACCAUGAUGGGCUCAACAAAGCGCCUGGUGAGUGCUCCUGAAGGUAUUGGCAGUCGUACAUUGCCGAUCAAACGGCCGUGGUGGCGGUUCUGGUAG